UUCUCAUUCAGCCUCCAGCAUGGAGCCGGACUGCACAGAGCGAUGCGGAAUACGAAGAUAAGCGCAACGGUUACUUGUAUGAAGACUUCAUGAAGCUAAAACCAUGGGAUUACAAACGAAGUGGUUAUGGUUGAGUUUUUUUCUCCAAGUAACUUUAUGUGGAUGUUUUGAUUUACACAUCUCAGAGACUUUACAAGCGGGGACCUUGGUGGCUAAUUUAUCUCUUGGACCUGGAUGGAGUUACAAAAUUGUCAGAACAUUGACUCCGAGAUAUGUUUCGAACUUUUUGAAAUUAGGGCGAAAUGAUGGAAUAUUAACUCUUUCGAAAAAAGUUCCUUGUGCGCGCUUGCAGAAGAACCCAGCGCCUUUGUAUUUUCAGAUCACUUCUUUGACAUCUGAAAACUUCGUGUUAACCCACUUCAAUGCGUAUGUGCAUGGACAGGAUUGUUUUAUCAAGUAUAAAAGAAAGAACCUGACGCCUGACGCGUUUAUGUCUUUCGGAUUGGAAGGAUGGACUUCCCCAUGCUUUACAAUAAGUGAUUUGCUUUUGGAUAUAAGCAAACAUGUUCCUGUGGCUAAUCGAGGCUUUCACUCACAUCAUUCUGUAUGUUUGGAAAAAAACGUAAAACCCAUCAAUAAAGUAAGCAGUGGACAUGAUAGCGGGGAUAUCUGUGUCCAUAAUAAGGAGCGUAGAGAAUUGGACCUUUUCUGUAACGUGCGUAACUCCAUGAACACUGAGUUUUUCGUGCGGUUAAAAUUAAGACUUCGAUCUAAACCGAAGCAUGGAUUGUUUAUGGACGCUGCUCAGGAAGAUCUAUGGACCAAACGUAAGAAGAGAAAUGUGAACACUGCUCCACAGUUUCAACUGCCGAACUACCAGGUGUCUGUCCCGGAGAACGAACCAUCGGGAACGCGUGUGAUAACUUUGAAAGCACUAGAUACAGAUGAUGGAGAUGCGGGGAAAGUUGACUAUGAUAUGGAGGCCCUUUUUUACAGUAGGUCUAAUGACUACUUUCAAAUUAACACUGAGACCGGUAGUGUGACAACUUUGCAACCCCUGGACCGAGAGGUAAAAGAUACACAUGUUUUCAAAGUCACUGCAACUGAUUCUGGUGUUCCCAAAAGAUCCGCCACUGCCUAUCUGACUAUCACAGUUAGCGAUACGAACGAUCAUAGUCCUGUGUUUGAACAGUCCGAGUACAGGGUCAGCAUCCGUGAAAAUGUUGAGGUGGGGUUUGAGGUCAUGACAAUUAGGGCAACAGAUGGUGACGCGCCGUCAAACGCGAAUAUGGUUUAUAAGAUUGUGAACGAGGAAAGCUUGGGGGGAGGAUUUGAAAUCGAUCCCAGGAAUGGACUGGUUAAAACAACAAUUCGUCCAGAUCGAGAAAUCAUGUCCCAGUAUAAGCUAAUAGUCGUGGCAAAUGACCAGGGAAGAGACCCGGGACCGCGGAGUGCCACAGCCACAGUGCACAUCACGGUGGAGGACGAGAAUGACAACUAUCCCCAGUUCACUGAGAAACGCUAUGUUGUACACGUGCAAGAAAACAUACCGGUGAACUCCCAAGUGGCUCUUGUGAAAGCCACCGACAAUGAUAAAGGAAAUAAUGCUAAAGUGCACUACAGCAUCAUCAGUGGCAACGUGAGGGGACAGUUUUACAUCCACUCUCCAACAGGGGCCAUAGAUGUGACUAGUGCUCUGGAUUACGAGACCAUGAGAGAGUAUACCUUACGCGUAAAGGCACAAGACGGGGGCCGGCCACCACUUAUUAACAGCACCGGUUUGGUUGUGGUUCAAGUGGUGGAUGUCAAUGAUAAUGCUCCCAUGUUUGUGAGUACACCAUUCCAAGCUUCUGUUUUAGAGAAUGUGGCCAUUGGCUACUCUGUGAUUCACAUUCAGGCCAUUGAUGGAGACUCAGGGAGUAAUGCCCAUCUGGAGUACAGACUGACCGACAUGCAGCCCGGCUUCCCGUUCACCAUCAACAACAGCACAGGCUGGAUCACCGUGUGCGUGGAACUGGACCGCGAGACCACCGAGUUCUACACGUUUGGCGUGGAAGCGAGAGAUCAUGGGGUGCCCGUCAUGUCCUCCUCUGCCAGCGUGAGUGUGACCGUGCUGGACGUGAAUGACAACGUCCCCACGUUCACGCAGAAAGUUUACUCUCUGAAGAUCAACGAGGACGCAGUGGUGGGGACCAGCGUGGUGACCGUGAUGGCUAUUGACCGGGACGUGAACAGUGUGGUGACCUAUCAGAUCUCCAGUGGGAACACGAGGAACAGGUUCGCCAUCAUCAGCCAGAGCGGCGGCGGCCUCAUCUCACUGGCCCUGCCCCUCGACUACAAGCAGGAGCGGCAGUACGUCUUGACCGUGACGGCGUCUGACGGCACGCGCCAAGACACAGCGCAAGUGUUCAUCAACGUCACGGAUGCAAACACUCACCGGCCCGUGUUUCAGAGCGCAAACUACCAAGUCCUGGUCAGCGAGGACCGGCCUGUGGGCUCCACGGUGGUCGUGAUCAGCGCCACGGACGAGGACACUGGGGAGAACAGUCGCAUCACCUACGUCAUGGAGGACAACGUGCCGCAGUUUAAGAUCCACCCGGACACAGGGGCCAUCACCACCCUGACAGAGAUUGACUAUGAAGACCAGGCGUCUUACACACUGGCCAUCAUUGCUCGGGACAACGGCAUUCCCCAGAAGUCGGACACAACCUAUGUGGAGAUCAUUGUGCUGGACGCCAAUGACAACGCGCCACAAUUUGUGCGGGACCUGUACCAGGGCACGGUGUUAGAGGAUGCUCCCGUUUACACUAGUGUUCUCCAGGUGUCUGCCUCAGACAGGGACUCGGGGUCCAAUGGGAGGGUCAGCUACACCUUCCAGGGUGGAGAGGAUGGAGAUGGAGAUUUCUUCAUUGAGCCUUACUCGGGUAUCAUCCGAACGGCACGCAAGCUGGACAGAGAGAACGUGCCUGUGUACAGCCUGAAAGCCUUCGCUGUGGAUAAAGGAGUUCCACCCCUGAAGGCAGCUGUGGACGUGCAGAUAUCAGUGCAGGACAUUAAUGACAACGCACCCGUGUUUGAGAAAGACGAGUUGUUCAUAUUCGUGAAGGAAAACAGUCCUGUGGGGUCCACAGUGGCGCGGAUCACAGCCACAGAUCCUGACGAGGGGACAAACUCCCAGAUCCUGUACCAGAUCGUGGAGGGGAAUGUCCCAGAGGUGUUUCAGCUGGACAUAUUCAGCGGAGAUCUGAUUGCGCUGACCGAUCUGGAUUAUGAAUCCAAGAUGGAGUACGUGAUCGUGGUGCAGGCCACCUCUGCGCCUCUCGUAAGCCGGGCCAUCGUGCACAUCCGUCUGCUGGACAUCAACGACAACACCCCCGUGCUGCAGAACUUCGAGAUAAUUUUCAACAACUACGUCACCAACAAGUCCAACAGUUUCCCCUUGGGAGUUAUCGGAAGGGUCCCGGCGCACGACCCCGACGUGUCCGACAAGCUGCUCUACACAUUUGUGGAGGGAAAUGAGCUGAGUCUGCUGCUUCUAGACCAGGCCACCGGGGAGCUCAAGCUGAGCAGAGAUCUGGACAACAAUCGGCCUCUGGAGGCCACCAUGCAGGUGUCGGUGACGGAUGGACUCCACAGCAUCAGUGCCCAGUGCACACUGCGCGUCACCAUCAUCAGCGACGCCAUGCUGACCAGCAGCAUCACCGUGCGUCUGGAGAACAUGUCCCAGGAGCGCUUCCUGUCUCCGCUGCUGUCGCUCUUCGCCCGCGGUGUGGCCGCCAUCCUGUCCACAGGCCCCGACGCCGUCUUCAUCUUCAACGUCCAGAACGACACGGACGUGGCGCACGCCGGCGCCACCAUCCUCAACGUCACCUUCUCCCUGCUGCCCGGCGGCUCUGGACACUUCUUCCCGUCCGAGGAGCUCCAGGAGCGCGUGUACCUGAACCGCACGCUGCUGCGUCAGCUGUCCGGUCAGCGCGUGCUGCCCUUCGAUGACAACGUGUGCCUGCGCGAGCCCUGCCAGAACUACAUGAAGUGCGUGGCGGUGCUGCGCUUCGACAGCUCAGCGGCCUUCAUCUCGUCCCACACCGUCCUCUUCCGGCCCAUCCACCCCGUGGCCGGACUACGCUGCCGCUGCCCCGACGGCUUCACGGGCGACUACUGCGAGACGGAGAUCGACCUCUGCUACUCGGGGCCGUGCCAGAACAGCGGACGCUGCAUCAGCCGCGAGGGCGGCUACACCUGCGAGUGUCCGGCCGACUUCACAGGUGAGUGCUGCGAAGUGAACGCGCGGUCAGGCCGCUGCGUGCCGGGCGUGUGCAAGAAUGGCGGCCGCUGCGUGGAUCUGCUGGUGGGCGGCUUCAUGUGCCAGUGCCCCGAGGGGGAGUACGAGAAGCCCUACUGCGAGAUGACCACACGCAACUUCCCUGGCCAGUCCUUCAUCACCUUCCGAGGCCUGAAACAGCGCUUCCACUUCACCGUGUCUCUCAUGUUUGCCACUCGGGAGAGGAAUGCCCUGCUGCUGUACAAUGGGAGGUUCAACGAGAAGCACGACUUCAUCGCCUUGGAGAUCUCCGAGGAGCAGAUCCAGCUGACCUUCUCUGCCGGAGAAACUAAAACAUCCGUGUCUCCAUUCAUCCCUGGAGGGGUCAGCGAUGGUCAGUGGCACAUUGUCCAGUUGCACUACUACAACAAGCCCAACAUCGGGCGACUCGGCACCCCCCAUGGACCCUCAGGGGAGAAGGUGGCUGUGGUUGCCGUUGACAACUGUGACGUUGCCAUGUCGGUGCGUUUUGGGGGCCAGAUCGGAAACUACAGCUGUGCGGCUCAGGGCACUCAGACUGGACAGAAGAAGUCUCUGGACCUGACAGGACCCCUGCUGCUGGGCGGGGUGCCCAACCUUCCAGAGGACUUCCCCGUGCGCAGCCGCGACUUCGUAGGCUGCAUGAGGAACCUGACCAUCGACAGCAAGUCCAUGGACAUGGCCAGCUUUAUCGCCAACAACGGCACCACUGCAGGCUGUGAUGCCAGAAGAGACUUCUGCUCGAAUAGCGCGUGUCAGAACAGAGGACUGUGCGUGAACAAGUGGAACACACACUCCUGCAGUUGCCCGCUGGGCUACGGAGGAAAGAACUGUGAACACGUCAUGCCCUCCCCUCAGCACUUUGACGGACACGCUCUGGUGUCUUGGACCGACCCGGAUAUCACCAUCGCCGUGCCCUGGUACAUGAGCCUGAUGUUCCGCACCCGCAAGGGCACGGGCACUCUGGUGCAGGCCAACGCCGGGGACUUCUCCAAAAUCGUUCUGCUGAUCAGCAACCGGCACGUCCGCUUCCAGGUCUUCCUGGGGGUGACCCGGGUGGCUCUGCUGGACCUGUCCAAGGUCCGUGUGAAUGACGGGGAGUGGCAUCACCUUCUCAUGGAGCUGAAGAGUAUCAAAGACGGGAAGGACAUCAAAUACAUGGCUCUGGUGUCUCUAGACUACGCCAUGUUUCAGCGGACCGUAGAGAUUGGGAACGAGCUGCCAGGCCUGCGGCUGAAGAGUCUGUACGUAGGAGGCAUCCUCAAGAAAGACGGUUCCGUGCAGAACGGGUUCCAUGGUUGCAUACAGAGGAAUGGAUCACCUGACCUUCCUCUCAAUGCCCUGGGCCUAACCUCCGUCCUGCAAGCAGAGCAGCCGUGUGCCCGUGGCUGGUGGGGUUACCCCGUGUGCGGCCCAUGCAAGUGUGACGCCAGCAAAGGAUUCCACCGGGACUGCAACAAAACCACCGGAGAGUGCCGCUGUAAGGAUAACUAUUAUCGGCAGCUGGGCAGCGACACCUGUUUGCCCUGCGACUGCUUCCCUCUGGGAGCGCAUGCCCGCACCUGUGACCCUCUCACGGGCAGGACGGUCAAGACUGGCGGUGGUGGGCCAGUGGUUUACGACGGGUGCCCCAAGGCCUUCGAUGCGGGUAUCUGGUGGCCCAAGACGGCAUUCGGACGCCCCGUGGCCAUUAAUUGCCCCAAAGGAUCCACAGGGACGGCUAUCCGGCACUGCAGCGAUGAGAAGGGAUGGCUGCCGCCACAGCUCUUCAACUGCACCUCCACCUCAUUCGCCCAGCUCAAGAGAGAGAAUGAGGAGAUGCGGGGGAACGUGUCCAUGCUGGAUGCUGAGAGGUCCAGGAGCCUCGCUGACCAGCUGCGCUCCGCCACCGACCAGACCCCACAUCUCUACGGCAACGACGUCAAGAUGGCCUACCAGCUGCUGGCCCUGGUGCUGCAGAGGGAGAGCCAACAGCAGGGCUUUGAGCUGACCGCCACACACGACACGCUCUUCAACGAGAAUGUCUUCAAAGCUGGCAGCGCUAUUCUUGACCCGGUUAACAAAGAGCAUUGGGAUCAGAUCCAACACUUGGAGGGGGGCUCCGCUGUUCUGCUGCGAGGCUUCGAGGACUACGCCAACACCAUGGCCCUGAACAUGAAGAAGACCUACCUGAAGCCCUUCACUGUUGUAACUGAAAACAUGAUUGUGUCUGUGGACUAUGUGGAUGCCUCUGGCUUAGACAUGAGGAAGAUGCCUCGUUUCCAUGAGAUUCAGGAGGCCUACUCUAGAGAGCUGGAGUCCUCGGUCCUCUUCCCAGACCUGUCCCCCAGCAGACCAGCAGAGCACAAAGUGUUGGUCACUGAAGAGCCUCCUGUAGAGAGCAGCCCUGGGCAGGACAAUAUAGACCCCACAGUCCAAACAGAGUCUCCUGAUGCCAUUGUGCCAUCUGUGAAAAAAAGACGCCACACCGAGAUGGAUGACCCUCCCCUUGUUGCCGUGGUGAUUGUCCACAAAUCUCUCGGCCAGCUCUUGCCGGAGAGCUACGACACCGAUCGCCGGAGUUUGAGGCUGCCCAACCGGCCGGUCAUCAACACCCCUAUUGUGAGCAUGGCCAUGCACAGGGAUGGGGAGCCCCUAGUGGCCACUCUGGAGCGCCGCAUCACCGUGCACCAUCGGCUUCUGGUGUCGACAGAGAGGACCAAGCCCCAGUGUGUGUACUGGAACCACAGCAUUGGGGUCUCGGGUGCAGGCGCCUGGUCCUCUAAAGGCUGUGAGAUGGUCUUCAGGAACAGCAGCCACAUCAGCUGCCAGUGCAACCACAUGAGCAGCUUUGCUGUGCUCAUGGAUAUCUCCAAGAGAGAGCAUGGGGAUGUGCUGCCCCUGAAGGUGGUCACCUACACCACGGUGUCGGCUUCGCUGGUGGCCCUCCUCAUCACCUUCCUCCUGCUGGCCAUCCUGCGGAGGCUGCGCUCCAACCUGCACAGCAUCCACAAGAGUCUGGUGGCAGCCAUUUUCCUCUCCGAACUCAUCUUCCUCAUGGGCAUCAACCAGACUGACAGUCCGUUUGUGUGCACGGUGGUGGCCAUUCUUCUGCAUUACUCCUACAUGUGCACGUUUGCCUGGAUGUUUGUGGAGGGUCUGCACAUCUACCGCAUGCUAACCGAGAUGCGUAACAUCAACCAGGGACACAUGCGCUUCUACUACGCCAUCGGCUGGGGCAUCCCCGCCAUCAUUACAGGGUUGGCAGUGGGCCUGGACCCCCAGGGCUAUGGGAAUCCAGACUUCUGCUGGCUGUCAGUCCAUGACACCCUCAUAUGGAGCAUCGCCGGGCCCAUAGCUGUUGUAGUGCUGAUCAACAUUGUAAUAUUUGUGCUGGCUGCCAAGGCGUCUUGUAGGCGGAACCAGCGCACCUUUGAGAAGUCUGGAGCAGUAUGUGCACUGCGUGUGGCCUUCCUGCUGCUGCUGCUCAUGAGCGCCACCUGGCUGUUGGGCCUCAUGGCCGUCAACAGUGACGUGCUGACCUUCCACUACCUCUUCGGCAUCCUCAGCUGCCUGCAGGGUACCUGCAUCUUCUUCUUCCACUGCAUAUUCAACAGAGACGUGCGAAAGAACCUAAAGGAGGUCUUCACUGGGAAGAAACUCCAGGUGGAGGAGUCGAGCACAACCAGGGCCACCCUUCUGACUCGUUCUCUGAAUGGUAAUACGUACAUAGAGGACGGAGCUUUGUAUAGGACUCCUAUCGGAGAGUCCACUGUGUCUUUGGAGAGCAAAUUCAGGUCCAAGAGUCACAGCAGCAGCUACCUCGCCUUCACACUCAGGGAAGACUCGGCCCAGAAACGAGGUGGAUCCCAGGGCACCUCGGCCAAAGGAGGUCCCGACGAAGGCGACUCAUCCCUCUUCUACCGCAAGAGCAAAAAGGGUGUUGACAGUGAGGCCGAGGACAUGAGCCCCAAGCCCAAGUGGAACAACGAGAGAACCCCAAUGCACAGCACCCCCAAAGUGGAUACAGUGUCCAAUCAGAUGAAGCCUUACUGGCCCGUGGAGCCCCCCACAGCCAGUGAGAGGGAAGAUACUAGUGGGGGGGAGGAGCUGCGCGUGGAGACCAAGGUGAACGUGGAGCUGCAUCAGGAGUACAAGCUGAACCACAACGGAGACGCACCGCAGGAGAAGCUUAGCCCAGCCAGCCAACCCAGGAGCAACCGCCAACCGGAACAGAGGAAAGGUAUCCUGAAGAACAAGAUCACCUACCCCCCUCCAUUAACAGACAAGAACAUGAAGAACAGACUAAGGGAGAAGCUCAGUGACUACAACUCCUCCACGACUCCCUCCAAAACGCCGUCCAUCGACUCCACCGAGGGCAUCCGCUCCAUCACGGGGGGCAUCCGCUCCAUCAUCAAACCCCCGCCCAGGCUGCCCAGCUGGAGCCCGUGA